GAGCCAUUUCUGCGAGGACACGCCGGCCGGUCUCCAUCGACGUCGGUUUCUGCGAUCGAGCUGCUGACGGACAGCCACCGGAAACGCGUCAGAUUCGCGCAACAGCGCCGCGUUUGAGUCGUCAGAGGGAAGACAGACGGAGAAAAGUAGAGAAAGAGAGGGAGAGCGAAAAAGAAAAAGAGAAAGAGAGAUCGCACACACAGUCGUCGCCUAUCCGCGGAUCGAGCGGCUCGCAGUCGGCCAGUUGAGGCGCGAGGAAGCCAGCAGCGGAAAACAAAAGAAGGUGCCAAGUCCGUCGAGACUCGAGGACCGAUCUCGUCGCAGAAGUCGUCCAAGGACCCCGUGCUCUCUCAACUCCGUGCAUUUCCGCCUCUCGCGUGUGCAGCCCGUGACCCACACGCGAUCCGCGAUUUCAUCUACGUCGUGUCCGGGAUCCAGCUGCAAGAGUUACACAUCCGCGUUAUCGUCCCAGCAAGGAUAUAUCAUUGGAGAGGACGCCUUCGCAGGUCUCGCUUCGAUCUAACCCGCGCGCGAUUUCUGCCAACUAUCGCCGCUACCAUACACAUACGACUCCGUAUUCCUCCCGCUCGUCCUCUACAUUGGAUCGACCGCUCUUUCUCUCUUUCUCUUUUUCUUUUUCAUUCUCUCUUUCUGUGAUCCCAUCGUGUCGUGUCGUGUCGUGUCCGCGCGUCCAAAUUACUUCCCACCGGGUCCACGUAGACCCCGCGAGUCUACGACGAGAUCAGUACUCGGGGGAAUCGGAUACGCGAGUUCGCGCGCGCGCGCACGCGCAUCCGAAUUGUCGUUUUCGUCGAGCCUGAUAUACACGUGACCGAGCCGCGAACUCGGUAGAAGCCGGCAUCAUAGCGUCGAGAAGCGAGCAGCAGCCAGCCACCAUGUCAAAGCUCUACGUGGGCAAUCUGCCGUCAGAUUGCAACGAGAGCGCUCUCAGACAACUCUUCCAGGAGCACAGCUUGGCAUGCACCACGAUUUUGGUGAAACGCGGCGGCUACGCCUUCGUCGACUGUGCCGAUCAGUCCACAGCCGAUCGGGCGAUCGACAAGCUGAACGGAUAUACCUAUCUCGGAUCCUCGCUUGUUGUAGAGCCGUCCGUGGCCAGUGCAUCAAAGAAACGGGGUAGCGGCACCGCCCUACCAGAAUCUCCGGUCGGCCAGGUCGGCAACGGAUGGAGCAGCAGUGGGGUUUCCAAAGUCCUCGUGAGCAAUCUACCGGUUCAAUUACGAUUAGAGGAGCUGGAUCUGCUGUUCUCCAACUACGGCCAGGUCCAAAACAUCGAAAAAGUGCCGUCGCGGGAUCCGAAUACAACGAGCGUGCUCAUUAGCUAUGAGACGCAAGAGCAAGUACAACAGGCUGUGAACCAGUUAAAUGGCUACGAUUUCGACGGCAAUCCGCUAAAAGUGGAGAUGUCCUCGGCGGAGAGCCGACGCAGGGGCCGCAGCCAGCGCGCCGGCGGCGUGGCCUUCUCCGGGCUGCCGGGUUCCGGUCGUCAGACCGAUUUCCCGCUGCGUAUUCUCGUCCAGUCUGAUAUGGUGGGCGCGAUAAUCGGUCGACAGGGUACCACCAUACGGCAGAUCACGCAGCUGACGCGCGCCCGGGUCGAUGUGCACCGCAAGGACAAUGUCGGCUCUCUGGAGAAAGCCAUCACCAUCUACGGCAAUCCCGAGAAUUGCACCAACGCCUGUAAGAAGAUCCUGGAGGUCAUGCAGCAGGAAGCCAACAACACGAACAAGGGUGAGAUCACCCUGAAGAUCCUCGCGCACAACAAUCUCAUCGGUCGAAUCAUCGGUAAGGGCGGUAACACAAUCAAGAGAAUCAUGCAAGACACCGACACGAAGAUUACCGUCAGCAGUAUCAACGAUAUCAACAGCUUCAACCUCGAGCGCAUCAUCACGGUUAAAGGAUCAAUUGAUAACAUGAGCAAAGCCGAGUCCAUGAUUUCCAGCAAGCUGCGUCAGAGCUACGAGAACGAUCUGCAAGCUAUGGCUCCUCAAAGUAUGAUGUUCCCCGGACUACACCCGAUGGCCAUGAUGUCUACCGCCGGUAUGGGCUACAGCUCCCGUGGACCCGGCCUAUACGGCUCGGGACCCGCCCCAUAUCCCUACCAGAGCAGUCUGCCUACUCAACAAGGCGUCCCCGCCAGCGAUACCCAGGAGACGACUUUUCUCUACAUUCCCAACAACAGCGUCGGCGCCAUUAUUGGCACCAAGGGCUCGCACAUUCGUAACAUAAUCAGAUUCUCCGGUGCGAGUGUGAAGAUCGCUCCUCUUGAGCAAGAUAAGCCGGCUGAGCAACAGACUGAGAGGAAAGUCACCAUCGUCGGCUCCCCGGAAUCUCAGUGGAAGGCUCAGUACUUGAUCUUUGAGAAAAUGCGUGAGGAGGGAUACGUCGCCGGCACUGAAGACGUCAGGCUGACCAUCGAAAUUCUUGUGCCCAGCACUCAGGUCGGCCGCAUCAUCGGCAAAGGCGGUCAAAACGUAAGAGAACUGCAGCGCGUGACCGGAAGCGUUAUCAAAUUAUCAGAACAGCAAGCGACUCCUCCUUCAGCUGAAGAAGAAACAACAGUCCAUAUAAUUGGACCCUUCUUCUCUGUUCAGUCGGCACAGAGACGGAUCCGCGCUAUGGUACUGCAAUCUGGCACUCCUGGUGGAACUGGUGGUGCUGGCUCACGCGCCGGUCGCGGUAGCAGCCAGGAAGGCGCCUCCCGUUCUAAAAGAGAUGGCAGCGCUACUUCCCAAAGCGGUACGACAUCACAACCUGGUUCUCAACAACAAUCAGUCGGCUCGCCAUCGAGCCAACAGCAGCAGCCGCAGCCUCCAUCAUCGCCGCAGUAAUAUUAACAUCGAUGACACCGACCUGACGCGGACCGACGCUACAAACGCCUAUCCGCUUUAUUCGCCGAAGUGGCCUCGUCGUCGCUUUGACAUUCUCUCUCGUCGAGAGGCUGAGCUUUAUCGCGACUUUCUCCUCUCGCGGGGCGCGCGCGACCCUCCCCGACGGGGGAGGACUUCGAACGAGGGUGUGCGACGCGCAGAUCGCGACGGGAAGACGCGCAGCAACGUUCUGAGAAUUAACUCGACCGAGAUACACUAACAAGGUUCGCGGACUCUUCUGACUCCGCAGAAUAAUUCUUAGUAGUAACAGUUCUCGUGCUCGGGCUGCGUAGGCUCGGGCUGCGUAGAUCAGUUCCAGGAACGAUCUGCAAGUCUCAACUCGACGAGUCAACGCGAGAAUUCUAAAAGUGCUCGAGUCGACAAUUUGGAGAGUUAAUUCUGAGAAAUUGAAUGAUGAAUUUUAAUUCCAAAGAUUCUAAUUCCGAGGCUCGACUGUUGUGAGCCAAUCUAAAGAGUCAACGAAGGCCGCCCGGGCCCUCCGUUCGGUCUAAAAUGAAUGCGUUCAUCGCGAUCGUUAAUCAUGUGCGAAUGAUUAAUUUAUUUUAGGUAAAGUGUCCUUAUUGACAAUGAGGACGCACACGAAUGUUGCGAAUAAUCAAUCGCAUUGGGAUUGAAUUGAAACGAUUGCGAUUCUCGAGAGGUAACUCAAACGCAAAGCACGAAAUAGUAGACGAAGUAAAGACGAAGCCGCGACCGAUCGGAGGAGCACCGAGUGUAUAUACUAUCGAAUCUGGCUUUGUCUAGGCAGGCACUGCCCAUACGUGAUCGCUGACUCUCACGACAAACUCCCGUUCUCGUUGACGAGGAUCGUGGCGUUUUCCCCUUCGCUCUACGCGUCGCGCCUGCGUCCCGCGCGCACAUCCUCUGCGAUAGCGACGAAGCGACAACACACAGCCGCGCACGACAAUUUCGCAGCGCUAAAACGAAACUACCGCCGCCGAUGAAAUAGGACACUUCGACGAGAAACAAACUGAUUUAAAAAAAAAAAAAUUGAAAAAAAAGAAAAACACACACAACCUUAUUACCUCAUUGCAUUACGGUUAAAGAUUUAAUACGAAAGUGAAAUGCGCGGGAGAAGCGAUAAACCGAUUAAUCUAAAAAAAAAAAGAAAAAGUCUAUCUAAUAUUAAAGUUAUUAAUAAUAUACAGAGAAGUUAAGUGACAAUUACAUAUUAUGUUAUAUCUGUUACUACUACUGCAACUAUUACUAUUAUUAUUACCUACCUACUACUAUUAUCGCUAUAUACUAUUUACUUCUUACUAAUACAGGAGGAAAGCGGUUUUUCUUAAAAAAAACAAAAAAACAAAAAAACAAAAAAAAAUAAAAAAACAGAUCAGGUACAGUUUUUUUAUACACACAAUUCUGAGACGUUGAACGAUAAUACGAGACUUAAAUAAUACCGAGAUAAUCCGUGUACCACCACGGAACGGCGACCCAUUGCCGGUCGUAGACAUACGCCAGGAUGCCUCAGGAGGAGAAGAGAAUAGAAGCGACCCCCGCGCCCCAACCCGCCCCUCCUCGCACGUAAUACCAAAGAAGCGACUAUGAGUUAUUUCGUAUUAGUGAAGUGAAAUGCGUCGUGUACGCUCUAUUCGCCUCAAGUUCCUCAUCAAGAGCCACGAAAGUGAGAGAGGGAGAAAGAUGUGUAGAGAGGGAUCAGAUACGUGAAAGUGAGAGGGGAAAAAUCGACAAGUAGCCAUAAAGAUGUCGAAGACAACGCCGACGAGACAUCGAGUCGCUUGGCACGAGUGAUUGGUGAUGAAGAUGAACGAAAAAAGAAACAGAAGGAAAACGAAAAGGGGAAGAAAGAGAAAGGAGACGAAAGUCUGAUCGUGCAGUAACCAUAUCGAUACGACACGGAUGCCGUUUUGUGCCACGUUUUCAACAAGCGUUACUGAAGGACGUUUCUCGAGCACGCGGAAAGAAAGAAAAAGCGACUGUCGGUACGCAACGAAUAAUAGCGAGCGAAGGAGAAAGAUAGAGAUAGAGACACAAAGAAAGCACAAACGGCGAGCGAAGGAGGGGACGUAAGGGAUAAAAAGUGAACCGACAAAACUUUUCAGGGAUUUUUACUUUUACCAUGAAUGUAAUAAUGUGUGAGUGUGCGUGUGUUGAAUAAUAAUUAUUAAUUGAUAAGUAAUUUGAUUACUGAUUAGAAGUUAAACGGCGAGGAAAGGCGAAGGAGAGAAAGAGUAAGGGAGAAUUAGACUUAAUGUGAGAUGGGCAGGAGAUGAAAGGGGUGAGAAGAAGAAUGGAAAGGGACGACGGGAGAGCGAGGUGUCGCGACAUUUAAUCGCGACGACAUUUACUCUCGCUGCGGAUGGUGUGUCGCCGAGACGAGCGUCGAGACGGAGCCUCCGCGAAGCGUCCCCCGGCGAGCCUGCGAACCCCGUAAUUUUUGCAAAUUAUAGCUGUUAGAGGCACGCAAGAUCGACCGGGCGCGGAGAACCGCGGAGCUUAACGAUCUCGAUCUCGCAUCGAUAUCGCGACUCGCAACGCGUAUAAUCGGCCAUUAUUAUCCCGUUGCACAGAGCCAAAAGAUUCCUUUCGGGCUCGAGGAUACGGAGAGACGGAAGGAAGAAAAAGAGAAUGGCGCGCGAUUUCGCGUCCAAGUCCUUCUUCAACGGUGCUGUCGCGCCAUCGAAGGCGACCUCGAGCCUUGCUCUAGCUGAUAUACUGGUGAUCGAGUCACGCAUCAGAGUCGCUAUGUCGAGUUCUGAAGACAUUCCGAAGUGACGCUUUUAGAGCGGUAUGGGGAAGAGAGAGGGAAACGGAAAAAGAAGAGUGAGGUUUCAGACGAUUGAUCGCGCGACAGGUAGAUGAGGCGGAGGCAGCGAGACGGGAAACGCGAUGAAUCAAAUCAGAUUCGGCGUCGAGAAAAUCGACCCUGCAGAGUGCUCCUUAAGCAUGACCAAGGAAAUUCAACAAAUACAAACGGACUAAUCAAUCACGGCGCACGGUCUCGCGCCGAUCCGAGCUCGAUCGUUCUCUAAAAGAUUUCAAAGAACCUUGCGAACGUCGAUUUCGUUGUCUCUCGUAAUUACCUGGAUCGUCAAGUAAUUAUCACACGAGUUUAUCGUCCGGCAGGAAUGCGGGACUUUGUUUUUCACGAUCGAUCGACAGUUAUCGAGCUCGUAUCGGCGCGCGACCGAGGCGGCAUCGGUAUCGGCACGUGGAAUGCCCCAUCGGGGCACCCACGUCUGGCGACACGACGGGCCCCACGGGCCCGCCGAUUUACACUCUCGGCGUUCGGUAUGCGUUUAGUACAAAGCUACACGAGGUGUUAAGGAUAAAUAAGAUAAUCGAGAUUUAAAAGAGAUAUUGGAACGAGAGAUGAAAGAAGAUGUAACAACGUGUGCUUAAUCGAUCUUUAUUCUUUUUUUUUUUAAUAUUAUUUCUUUUGGAAAAGACCGAAAAUUAAAUUUCUAGAGUGUGUGAAUAUUGUUUCGCGAAUGUUAAUCGAUAAGAAUAGAAUUCUUUGGAGCGGACGAAGACGCGCAUUGCCUUGUUGCGUUAUUUUCGAUUUUAAUCACUAAAUAUGUGAGUAACCGAUUUGCAUUUAGCUUUUUCGAACCGAUAACAUUUGUUUGUAAAACUAUAAAAAAUAUUAACUAAUUUUAAUCGUUAUUUAUGUUAAUUUUUUGUUUCUUCUAAGCUAUGGAUUUAGAAAAAGAUGUAAGAUCAAUCGAUCUAUGUUUCUUUAAAUUAAUCUAAUUUCAUCAUCGAUUAUUCAUUCUUGAUUGAUUUGAUCGAGUUUAUCUUUUUUCAAUAAAUUAAAAAACGGUUUUUAUAAACAUUGGUUAACGCUAACCAUAAUUUAUAAUCGGCUCUUUGUUUUUUUUUCUCAAUACAGCAAAAAAGAUAAAGAUAAAGGUCAAGUUAUAACCUCAAGACUAGACUUAACGAUGAAAUAAAGUUUAUUCGCGCAAUAAAAAUUCAAUUCUCAACUUUUUCUAAAAAAAUAAUAAGAAUAAGAAUUGAUUAAAUACGUAAUAUUUUUCCGCUUUCAUUCCCUGUCUUUAAAAUCUUGAGGUCUUAAUUCCGAUUUGUAAUCUCGGUUAAUUUUAACUCGUGUUUAUAAAAGUGGAUAUAGAAGCUCGAUAAGGUAAUUGAAUGUUUAUCUGUUAAUAGAUCUAAAGCUUAGAUGAAACAAAAUCUUAAUUUUUUAAAUGAAAAUUAAAUAUAAUCAACAUUUUUGUGUAUAUAAGAAAUUUAAAUACAAAAUUUAACUGUUCGAAAACAAAGCGAGGAUCGGUUACAUAUCUAACGCCGAAGGCGCGACAAGAAUGCAAGUCUUCUUUUCCGCUGCAUCGUGCAAGGAUAAAGCGUCGAGCUAGCACACGAGUAAAGGAGAACAAAAAAAAAGAAAAAAAAUCGAAAAUAGAAUGAAAGAGGAAAACGAGUCUGAAAACGUAGAUUUAUUUUUGAUACAUUGUUGGGGAGACUCCAAGUGAAUCUUUCUUUUUCAAUUUUUUUUGUUAGAUGUUUUUAAUAACUUAAUGAAUUUUUACGAUAUUAAGGUGAGAAAACAAAGAGAGAGAGAGAGAGAGAGAGAGUUUUUUUUUAAUGUAAGAUAAGAAAGAGAGAGAGAGAGAGGAGUGGCAAAAUGAAGUAAUUUUCGCGGGAAAACGGAUAAAUUAACGUUAUAGAGAGAGGAUUAUAAGAGUUAAUCGGGGGGAUGAGGCGCGCAGCUUUUUGCGCUGUGCUCGCUCGCUUUUAGGUGGGGGGGGGGAGAAAGAUUACGACGUGAAGGAGAUUUUUUAGUGGGAUAUAAAUUUGUAUAUUAUAUUUAAUAAUAUAUUUCGAAGAAGCGGCGGUCGCGGGUCUGCUUGGCGAGGCCGUCGGCGAGAUGGGGCCCGGGCCAGGAACCUCGUAGUUUUAUGCGAGGGACCUCGUUCGCGUCGUACCACCGUAGAGGAGUACCCUCGCCCAGACCCGUGCCACGUGAUUAUUUAUCAAGCGUAAAUAUUUAAAUGAUGAGAGAUGGAGGGAGGAGUAGUGAGAGAGAGAGGGAGAGAUUUGUAUUAAAGCUUGUAAAGAAGAAAGAAGUUGCGAAACGGAAGAAAGUGCCAAGGGACAAGAGAAACACGUUUGCAAAACUAAGUACAACACACAAGCAAUAGAUUGCCGCAUAGAACAGGAUGCAACGAUAACAGAGGCAAAAAUGCAAGAAAACAAUAACAGUGAAGCGCAGAUAUAAUAAGCAAAGGGAAGGAUACAGAAUGGGAGAUAGCAAAUACGGAAUCAAGCCCUCGUUUAUUCUCACGGUCGACGAAAUCAUUUACGCUACUUUGAGACCAAUGUCAUAUCACGCGUCAUCUUUUUGAUUUCCUUUUUGGCCCGUACUUUCAAAAUUUUUCGAGUCGAUGAAGGGAGAACAGUCCGGACACUUGAGAGAAGAAGCACGACGCGAAGCGAGACACGCGAAUCGCCCCUAUCACAGAGACUCGUCGUCGCUGAGGAGAGGUCCACGAGGGACGCGAUACACUCCGUCCGGGACCUCGUCGAGUCGGCCUUUCGACGAGUACCAUCGCCCACCCGCCCUCUUUUGGAAUAUCUCUUUCUAAAUUGAGCGAAUGAAGCUUUUGCUCCGGGAAAAAACGCGGCGUCCGACGGAUUUCAACGAGAGAAACAGGCUCUGUUAUUUAUUUUUCAUAAAAACACGUCGUGUCGCCGGUAUAAUCUGGCGCACAAAGAAAAAUUGGAAUGUUGCCUCAAAAUUGUACAAAAGUUUAGAUAAAGGUAGAUUAGCGUUCACUAAUGUGUAUAUAAAUUUGCGAAAUUUAUGAAAAACGUUAAUCGCUGCGUUCUUCCCGCAGACAGAUCGAUGUGUGCCCCCGCAUACGAAAACUCACGCCUUUCGCUCGUUCAUCGAGUCUUUCAGUUUGGAUACUUUUGUUGGGACAAAUUUUUAGAGAAAAGUUUCAGAUCACAAAAGAUAUAAAAAGAAAAGAAGGAAAAUUUAAAAAGAGGUAGAAGAGUUGUACCUUUCAGAAGACAGCAAACAGAAACAGCCUCUUUGGUCAGGAAGAAGGAAAACAUUAUUCGGCCGAUUCCUCAAGCAUUCAGAAAACGUGCUAAAAUUAGAAAAGAAAGACAAAGGGAGAGAGAGAGAGAGAGACAACCCGCUCGCACGCUCGAGAGAAAGAAAGAGAAUGUACAAAUCAAACAAAAUAACAAACGAUGAUAGAUGAAAUUAUUAAUAUAAUAAUAAUAACUUAAAGAAGAAAGAAAAUUUUUAACGUUAUAAAUUAUUGCGCGCGCCCGCGUGGCGCACGAAAAGUUAGAGGCGAGAAAUAUAACUUAAUCUAUACUGGUAGAGAUAUCGACAAACAAAUGUACAAAAUCGAUUUAUUGCUAAAUGUUAGUAUUCUAGAGUAUUUUACUGUCGAAGAUCGCGUAAAAAGUGAAGAUUAUACUAAGCUUGGCUAAGAUGGUUCUAUCCUGGCAGAUUAAGCUAAAAAUAGGAGAUUCGAGCGAAAAAGAAUAAAAUUUAACGUCAUUCCGCCGAAUGAAGAAGACAAAAAAAUAUCAUCGUCAUACAAAAAGAAAGACAACACAAAUUGGAAAAAUCAAUCAGUAUAAAAAAGAAAGAAAGAAAACAUUUCAACUACCUACAAGCCUCGAAAAAUAACAAGUACUCCAUUUUUCUUUGUACGAACGCGCGUUCUAACAUCGUCAACGUGUCUCCAAUGACUCUCGCACAAUGUAGUUUUUAUUCGAUCUUCCGUUCUUUCAUUAGAUGCAGACUUGUAUUGCUACAUCAAUAAAGAAUCGACGUUUUCUGCAGGACAUCGCCGAACAUUCUUCAGCAAGUUGAACAGAACUCGCACAAAACGCGUGGCGAUGAACGACAAUUAACACGCGCACCGUAUCACUUACGAGAGUGAAAUCGCAAGAGGAAACAAAAAGUGCACAGACGGCAGAAUCUCAGGCGAACACGCCUGCGAGCGAGAAAAGGUAUUUAACAAAAAAAAAAAGGAAGAAAAUAAAGAGAGCGUCUAACGCGUAACAACUACGCGAUUCGCAGUAUAUAUCGGACUUUCCACGAAGAUACACUCAGACAAGAGAGAGAGACAGGAAGAAAGAGUCAGACGAACGAGAUGCUCGAGCCAGGAUGCUCUCGUUUUCAUUGGUCGAUCAAUUGCAAUCCAGGAUCAGUCGUGAACGCAGCACAACUCUCUGCGGACGGCAUCCAGAUGCGUCCGAUCAUCAAAACCAAUACGCAUACAAUAGGAGUUCCUCCGAAGUAGGAGUUUAGAGCCCUUCUCUUAUCGAGACACCUACCGAUGACGAGCCUUCGAGGAGCGACGAAAGCGCCACUCGAUCCGAUAAAAAUCACGAAUAACGACCGGACAACUCUCUCGCGAACCGGCGCGCACCUUCCAAGAAAGGUGGAAAAGAGUGGUUGGAAUUUCGAUCGAUUUGGUCGGUACUUCUCGACUUGGCAGCAUCGCCAUAGGAGGAACAUCCCUGUAAUACACAGUAGCGCAUAGCACAUCCGGAAAUAGAAUGGGGAGAGAAAUGUAGAAGCAACGUUUCUCUCGACCGACAUUAUUCCGCAUUACUCUCUCACCGACAUUACUCACGAUUCACCGACAAGAUAUAUUGAUAUAUAAAAAAAAAUAUAUAUAUAUAUUUACAUAUAAGUACAUGUAUUCCGGCAUGCAGAAUCCGAACGAUCGAUCCCGCGAUCGCGUUCGCCAGCAACGCUUAGAGAAAGACAACUCGCGUCCAGGGUCGCGCGACCGCGGCCCGUUUGGAACUCAAACAGAUUGCAGGAUACUUGUCUUUAAUUAAUAAUAGCGACUAAUAAGUAAUAAUAGCGAUAAGAGGUGAUUUAAACCGAUUUUUAAUAUUAAAUACGCGUCACGCGCUUCUCGCUCGAAAACGGGACGAGGAUCGCGUUCGCGUUCGCGUUCCAAGUUUGGGGGGUGAUUGACAAAAGCAAAAGUAAAACAGAAAUGGCAGAUUGCAGCCAGGAGAGGUAGAUUAUUUUGGGCUUUAGUAUUAGGGUUUCGAUAGAGAUUUGGAGUAAGUGCGAUUUCGGGUGCAGGAAACGGUGAUAUAAGGCCGCCGGAAAAAUUUUCUAAGGGAAAAGUAGUCGCUCUUUUCGGAUUUUACUCGCGAGUUUCGUUCGAGGAUGGGGACCGUUUCGUUACUGGCGCGUACUCACGUUCCUCGAUGAACUGACGAUUAUUUUCUGAAAAUACGCGAUGAGCGCGACCGGACGUCGCAAAUUCAUCUCGAAGCUAUCUGAAUAAAUUGCGAAUUGAUAUUACACGAUAAUAAUCGAAUAUAAUCGGAAACUCAAUAGUUAUCGGAAAUGGUUAGAAACAAUUGCUCUGCAUCAGUAAUGAAAUAUUAAAGAUCAUACGGAAGCCUCCUUUUUAUCCAGAUACUUUGAGAGAGUGCGCGACCGGACGUCCGCUUGGGAAAAAUCAAAUGGGGACGAUCGGUAUUUUCGGCACAGGAAACAUUUCUGGGACCGGGCACGUGGCGGCAAUCGAAGGCCUUAUUAUACACACUUGGGCAUUGUUAUUACUGUGACAGGUUGAUAUCGCUAAACAGAUAGUAUAUCAGAUAAGCUCCUUGGGCGUGAUGUCGCGCCUCCAAAUGAUAGGGACAGUGAAAGAUGUGAGAAGAAUGUGGCGCUUAUUAACGCUAAGAGAGUGAAGCAACGUAUGCGUGGAAGAUGUAAUGUAAUUCGUAAGGUGAUCUAAGCGAUGCUAGAGAAGUAGAGUGUGACAGAGAGUAAAAAUGGAGAAGUAAUGACGACGGUGGGAGCCCGUUGAAGGGACUUCCGGUGUAUUAUCUAUUAUUAUCCUAUUGUUGCCAAUAAUGGGCAUUAUGAUGAAGAGCCGCGCGGAUAUGUAACUUAUUCUCUACACUGCAUUUACCCUUCCCCCGAUGAUCCCCGAGAAAUAUACCUAUGUAUACAUAGUUACGCAGCGCAUAUACACUAUACAUCUGUUGUACAUAGAUAUAUAUUAUAUGUAAAGCUUAAACUUAAUUAACGUGAGGCGGAUGAUUAGUCGACGUGCCAGCAGAUUAAGUGCAACCCGUAAAUAGCCGUUCGUCGAACGGGGCGAAUGAAGCGAGUGAAUGAGAUUGAGAGGAAGCAAAAGCAAGAGUACGUACGUAUGUGUGUGUGUGUGUGUGUGUGUGUGUGUGUGUGUGUGUGUGUGUGUGUGUGUGUGUGCGCGCGCGCGAGUGAAUGAGUGAGAAAGAGAGAGAGAGAAGAUGGGAGAACAGAAAAAUUGAGCGACAUUUUUGUACGCAGUUUUCCGCACAGGUGUGCCUCGUCUCAUUUUGUUACCGAAUUUUUGCGACUGAUUAUAUAUGCUAAGGAAUGAUCACAUCCGCAAAAAAAAAAAAACGAUUGCACAGUAGAAAAUCGUCUAUUCUAUCGAGAUAUCGAAACAAGACGUUUAACUUUCGCGCUGUUUACACACGAUGAGUUUCCUUAGAAAUUACUCGGUACGAAGCAUUCUAUUUGUGCUUCAAUAUCGUGAAAAAAUUGGAAAAUAUUUCACAAGUGAAAUAUAAAGAUUGCAAACUUCCAUUAUUGUGGAAGAAGAAAUAAUAAAAAGCGCGAUUUUUCUCACGAAAGAAUGGACAGUUUUUCUGCCGUGCGAUCAGGUUCGACGUGAGGUACGAUCUAUCGAUUGUUCUUCACGAUAGUAACUAUAUCUGACAUAUAAGGCUGUUCAACACUGCCAACACUGAGAUGAGGCGACUGAUCGGACGCUGGAGGCAAUGUCGAGAAUGACGAGAUUAAUAAUACUAAAACCCAAAAUAGCCGUUUCCGGGAGAAAGCGAGAAAGCUCCGCACACGGAGUGGAAACAUCCCGCAUACAAAAGAAGGAAGCAAAUUCUUUUUUUUUUUUCUUUCCUUUCACUCCGUGUUUGCGCGAGAGGAAUGAAUAAACAGGGAAUUUACGUAAUACCAUCGCUACCUCAUAAGUUUUACAAGAAUUCUAUGAAAUUAAAAGAAACGAAAAGUGAAAAAAAUGCUGCCAGGCGCACAAAAAAAGAGAGAAAAGAAUAGUUGUUCGCGUUUUUCUUCCGUAUUUUUAAUCUUGGUUUUUUUUCUUUAUUUCUUAUUUUUUGUCUUUGUUUAUUCACUUGUUGCACCGAGCAAGAAAAAGAAGAUAGAAUCAGCUCCGGCAGAACGCUCGAGCGAUCGGCGGAAGGACUUCUUCGGAACACGAUUCGGGAACAGGGCUCUUGUUCUUCGCUCACGCGUUAUGUUCCGUUGUUAAUUUUCCUUUUUUUUCUGCCAUUCUAGUUUUCACAUUCGUGCGUGAUGCGCUUGUUCAUUCUUCCUACGGUUACGAUGAAAAUGUCGCGCUGUCGGUCCGUAUACGCGGAUGUACAACACAGCUGUCCGUAGAUCACGCGCGUGCGAUUUUCCCUGCUUGCGGUGAUACCGAUUUUUCGAAACGACGCAUACACUCCCGGGAAAAAAGGAACACUAUGUUUUAUACCGAAUAUAAUACAGCGUUAUACUACCGCCGAUAAUCGCUCAGACGCCGCUUUUAGCCCGGCAGUGGUAUCAUUUGUCUUCAGGUGCUCUUUACGUUAAUUGAGAUAUAUAUAUCUCUAUCUAUAUCAAAAUAGUAGAGAUAUAUAUAUCUCUACUAUAUAUAUAUAUAUAUAUAUAUAUAUAUAUAUAUAUAUAUAAAUAUAUACAUAUAUAGUAAGGCGACUAUAUAUUAGUGCAUAUCGAUCAUGUUCCGUUUAUUUUAAACAAUAAAUAAUAAUGCAAAAUAUAUGUAUACACGUACGUAACGUACCAUCGAUUUUUUUCCGAUCACUGAAUUCCAUUUGGCGUGAAUGAUGAACCGUGCCCGAUCUAAGCACGCGUCUUAACUGAAAAGAUACAAAAUUUAUUCAGAUAUAAGGAAAUGUUACUUGCUAAUAAAAUAACGAAUAAACACGAGUUGUGCUGUAAUCCAAUAAUGAUACACGAACACAUUUGGGACGCUGACUCGCGAUGACUCUUUCCUAAGGAGAAGCCGCGGAAAAAAAUCUUCACGGAAACCGCCAACAAUAAUCCUGGGCUGUACCACUGCCGGGUUAAACGAUCUGCUUUUCAACGUUAACCUCCGGCCACAAUGACCACAUACAGCAAGUCGAAACGCACGUUGUACAUAUGUACAUGUGUACAUAAAAAAAAAAUGCUCUGUACAUACAUUGCCGCGAGUCGAACGAAUUCUGGUGAAAUACUUACGUUUACGAUCUCUCGCUUCCUUACCUCGUAAUCCUCAUAAUAUCCAGACGAGGAUAUCGAUCGUAAUGAGUCACGUCGACGUACGCACGGUGAUUUAAACGGGACCACUACUCAUAACGAAAUUGAACGCGCAUCGCGGAAUUUUUAUUGCAUUCUGUAAAUUGAAAGAUGGGCUCUUCGAGCUCGACCUAUCAUCCUUGUACAUGAUCACGUCCGACCAGACUCGAACAUAUCUUUUGGAUCCGUCUUGCCCUUGAAAUAAUAGUCGCAGUAUAAAAAUCGUAGAUAAUUGUAUAAUAAAAUCUUAUAUAUUCGCGAGUGAGAUGGGAUUGUAAUUAUCCUUCGACAAUAUCCGCAAUUUUUCAAAAUUGUUUACAAUUUAAAUCUUACGAGCACAUGACAUAUUCAAUAAGGUUAGUAAAAUUUUUCGAUCGAGGCAACACAUUCAUGUAACAAUUGCUCAUCGCGUCUGCGAUGUGACUGCCGUGAUUAUCGGUGCGAGAUUUUUCUCAGGAUUCUCUCGACUCGCGGCGCAAUUCGCUUUGUGAUUUCUCGUCCGUAUCAACACAAUGGCGAGAAUAAAUUAAAUAUAGAGAAAGCGAAUCGAGGAAAGAGAACAGCAGUAGAAGAUGCAACCAAACGUGCAACUUUUUUCAACAACAUGCAAGCAGUCCAUCGAGAUAAAAAGCAAUGAGUGAAUGAGAUGUCGCUCUUCCAACAAAGGAAAAAGGAACAUUCAAAUAUCUUUAAAGAUAAAUUAAAUUAUAAUUUUGAGAAUAUAAUCAAAGCGUUAAUCUUCAUCCCAAAGAAUUCACGAAGGACUUGGUUUGAAUUUUCAAGUAUUGCAAUUAUUAGAGGAUAUUGAAUUAUAGGGAUUAAACGCUAAAAGAAACUUUUGGAAUAAUCAAAAUCAGCAACAAUCUCCAUCGAGGAAGAGAUCAAUUUGGACCCUCAAACAUUUGUUUCGGAAAUGAAGAUCGCAUCAAUCACGAGUCAAAUUGAUAAUUUCAAGAUAAUCAAAGUGGAAGAAAACAAGAAGAUGCGGCCAUUAUGAGUCUUCGAACAAUUUGGAAAGAAAAAAAAAUCUAUCAGGGAUUAGAUUAAGAAUUUUAAUAUAUAAUCAAACUAAAACAGAAAAUUGACAGAUGUUAAGCUGAGAUCGUUACUACGCACGACGCUUCGAUGACGAUCGCGCGAAUUCACAAAAAGAUAAAAUUGCCACGACGAGAAAGGUUUGCUAAAUUAACCGCAAGUAAGCAUUUAAACGCUGUAAUAGAAAAAGGAGCAGGGCAUAGCGAAAGAAAGCAAAACAAACGUAAGAGAGGAGCAGUUACGGAGGCGAAACGCCAGCAAUGAAAACGCAGCUUUCGCGCAGCAGAGCAAAAGACAAGAUAAAAGGCCACGGCAUAAUGUAUACCUGAGGAAUUUAGAAGAGGAAGAAGAAGCAGCAACAGAAGAAUCGGUCCGACCCAGCACGACGCUAGGGUGACCGAAAGGCCACAAACCUCAUUAGCGCAUUAGAAAGGAAUUUCAAAAUAACAUAACGAAUGACGAUAUGCUACAUAGACACCGACCUGUCUAUGCCACAAUGCACAUUCACAUACUACAUAUAUAUAUAUAUAUAUAUAUAUACUUUUAUAUAUAUCUCUAUUAUAUAAUAUACGUACAUAUUAUUAAUUAAUUAUAUACGCACGCCGAGGUACACGCAGAGGGAGAGGAUAAUCGAGGAAAGGAAGAACGGAAGCACACACCCACGUAUAAUGAUGAUUGCAUGCAUAAAGGAAAUAAUAAUAAUAAUUAAUCGAUAAUCAUCAUAGCGAACGCGGCGACGCCGCGCCGUCUCGCCGUUAAGUAAAUAGGGAUGGAAAAAAAAAAGAGAAAUGUGAGGAA